UAUUGAUAACAAAAAAAGGGUUUGUUUCUUAAACCGCAUAAAGUGCUGUAGAGACCGAGUUGCACUUAAACACACCAUCAGUGUUGUUCAGGGAUCUUACCAAGAUGCAGCGAGAGAGAACAACCAACGCCAAUGCGGCUGAAAAGCCCGAUCGGGAGGCCGCCAUCAUGUCCAAAUACUACGACGGAGUUGAAUUUCCUUUCUGUGACGAAUUUUCUAAAUAUGAAAAAAUGGCCAAAAUUGGACAGGGCACCUUUGGUGAGGUGUUCAAAGCCAAGCACAGACAGACGGGGAAGAAGGUCGCACUGAAGAAGGUUCUCAUGGAAAAUGAGAAGGAGGGGUUUCCCAUCACAGCACUAAGAGAAAUCAAGAUCCUGCAGCUGCUUAAACAUGAAAAUGUGGUCAAUCUGAUUGAAAUCUGCAGAACCAAAGCGACCCAGUACAACAGAUACAAAGGCAGCAUCUACCUGGUGUUUGACUUCUGUGAGCAUGACCUCGCUGGUCUGCUGAGUAAUGCCAAUGUAAAGUUCACGCUGGCAGAGAUCAAGAAGGUCAUGCAGAUGCUGCUUAAUGGACUCUACUACAUCCACAGAAAUAAGAUUCUUCACAGAGACAUGAAGGCUGCCAACGUCCUCAUCACCAGAGAUGGUGUUCUGAAGCUGGCUGACUUUGGCCUGGCUCGAGCCUUCAGUCUGGCUAAAAACAGCCAGGGGAACCGCUACACCAACCGUGUUGUCACACUGUGGUACCGACCUCCAGAACUGCUGCUGGGUGAGCGGGACUACGGCCCUCCCAUUGACCUGUGGGGAGCGGGCUGCAUCAUGGCAGAGAUGUGGACCAGAAGUCCAAUCAUGCAGGGCAACACAGAGCAGCACCAGCUGACUCUCAUCAGCCAACUGUGUGGUUCUAUCACAGCUGAGGUGUGGCCUGGUGUGGAUAAGAAGUACGAGCUGUACCAGAAAAUGGAGCUGCCCAAAGGCCAGAAAAGGAAGGUGAAGGACCGACUCAAAGCCUAUGUCAAAGACCCCUACGCUCUGGACCUGAUUGACAAGCUCCUGGUUCUGGACCCAGCUCAGCGUACAGACAGUGACGAUGCCCUCAACCACGACUUUUUCUGGUCUGACCCCAUGCCCUCGGACUUAAAGAACAUGCUGUCUACACACAACACGUCUAUGUUUGAAUACCUGGCCCCGCCCAGACGGAGAGGUCACAUGCCUCAGCAGCAGCCCAAUCAAAACAGGAACGCAGCGACAACCAAUCAGACUGAAUUUGAUCGAGUGUUUUAGUGGCAGAAGAUUGAAGCAAGUUCUGAUAGUUUUAAAGUAACUGAUGGAAUGCAGUGACAUUAUCAUGAAGUCUGUGUUCCUCUUGUAAGACGAACCUUAUUCCAUAUGCAUUUUGUCACUGCCUUGUAAAGUGGACAGAAAUAUUUCUGCUGGGAUAAAUACUUUUUGAUCAUGUUGGAAUAUUUGAAUUUUCAAAUCUGAGUUGAUGGCCUUAUGAUGGACACUUCAGUGUCUAUCAGGCUUCUAGUUUGCUGAGCAAUGACUGUUAUCUACGCUGCUCUGGGGAAAGCUGUCAUUUGUUUUUGUACUGGGGCUGCUAUACCUUUUUUAUUUUAAUUUUAAAUGUGAAAUCAUGGCAGAGUGUUCAUUUUCAUUAUGUAUAAAGCAGGUUUUUUUAAAGUUGUAAAUGGAAAUGUGUCAUUUCAAAUGACAUUCAGUUUAUUUGCAUUACUGAGCAAAUACAGAGUGAAAGACCAAA